CCGUCCAUAGAUUUUUUGCAUUACUGGAUUAUUAUUAACCACUUUACAUCCCGCGAUUGCGAUAAUAUAUCAAUAAUCGUGGUACGUGUUGUCCGGUUGAUCGGAAGAAAGAGCAAAGUUGAAAAUUAGCGUGUUUACAGCGUCGAAUGCAAGGGAUACGCGUGUGUAAAUUAAAGGAGGAAGGUCCGAGGGUUGGUCGAAGGGGGAGAGAAAAAGAGAAACGACGGCUCGAGUGGAAGGGGAACACGAGGCGGUCGGGCUCGAUGCACUCGUCCGUCUAUUUAGUCGUUGGUCGUGCGCGCGCCAUGCUGGAUAGUAGGCAGCGAUCGUAUUCACUGCGUUGUUACUGCGGCCAAACGUGUUCCUCGUCUCCUCAUCGACGCGUUAAUUAAACACUCUCGUGCGCUCGCCGCGACCGUUGACAACGCGGCGAGGGGGGGUUUGGGGGGGUUCUUCGGUUAAAACUCGGGUGAAGAAAAUCGGGCGAAAAAACGUUCGUGUCCAUUUCUAAACGCGCACGAGAAACUACUACUUAGGCGUGUAAGUGUGCGUGGAAGUAUACGUAGUCGACGACGACGAGUGAGGAUCUUCGGUGUUGUUGUUCGUUAUAUGGAAUAAUCAUCUUUCUCUCUCGAUUCGUCGUUGGAACGAGUGAGCCGAGUGGUGCAAGUUGUCAAGAGAGAAAGAAAGGAAGAAAGGAAGGAAGGAAGGCCGCGUGUUGUGAAACGAACGAAUUCUCGAAAACAGUUGUACGAAAAAAGGGAGGAGGGGGGAACGGAACGGGAAGUUAAUAAAGUUAAUUUCGAUGUCGUGCCAUUCGAAUCGAGGCUUUCUAGAACGGGUUAAACGGGAAGAGAUCGACGAGAGCCGUGGACGAGAGAAUUGGCCGACGAUAUUCGUCGGUCCGCUCGUUAACCGCUCGUCGAAGGCAAAAGCCGGUUGAUAACGUUAUCUGUUUGCAAUAAUUGCAGUCUGUAUCACGGCCGGCCAUUGUCGUCGAACGAGUGGAGGCCUGCCGUCAAAGAAAGCUAGUGACCGCUAGUGUCAACAGGUGAUACGUGAUCACGAUCGCAAAGAGAAGAAGACAAAAGGAGGGACGGAGAAGCGAUUUAUCGAUCGGAAUCUGACGUCUGAACGAAAGGAAGAUAGAAAGAGUUGUAUACACUCGGUUCGGUACAUAGAAGCGGGAUCAAAAGGAUCAAUCGAAACGAGACAGCGUGUUCUGGCCAUUGGAACGUUUGGUCAUGCGAUAAGGUCAGACCUCGCGUGUACCACGAGACAAGAUAGAGUGAUAAAAUUUAAACGUAAAGAGAGUGGAAAGGAGCCUCGUCUGGCGCCUUGUUCCUCGCUAAAGUGACGCGUCGCCUUGGCCAAUAAAACGACAGACGGUCUAAACUGAACGGAAUCGGCAGCUGCUCUCCCGGUGUGCGCCUCUCUCGUUCGUUGGCCCCGUCGUUUUAAUUUCAGCCCGAGUCAGCCUCUAAGACCCGAGUAGUGGUCAACUUGUCGAGUUGAAAAAGUGUUUCACGGAGAGAAAGAGUGAGCGGGGGGGCUUUUAAUUCGUAUCUCGUUGUAAAAGAGAUGUCCGUUCUAUUUCUCUUCCUCUCUUUGGAUACGUAUCGGUACCGGUGAAACGCGAGGAUCUAUCCUUGGAGGAUGACUCGUAGGAACUGAUCGAGGAGGAGAAGAAACAGAGGAUUGUGUCAAGAUGAUGAUGGCACCGCAGAUCGUGGGUGUCCUGCUGAAGAAACCGGGGCAGCAGAGCCACCCACGCUUUCCACCGUUGGACCCACAAGAGACGAAAAUAAGAGGCGAGCUAUACGUGGAGGACCUAGGCGAGAGGCGGAUCGUUUCCAUCAGAAUGGGAUGGCUUUGGGUCGAGGGUACUCCGAUGAGGCUUCCAUUGAGGGCGUUGAACCUACGCCAGGCAGCACCCAGUCUGUGUCAACCGCACGCACUGGCUCUUGGGUUCACGUUGAGCAACUCGCAGGAUCAGAUGCUCGCUACUUUUUGGGCAGAUUCGGAGGCCAUCUAUUGGUCGUGGGUGAGAGCGAUCGCGGCAGAGUUGGUGAGGCAAACGCCGUUUCGCGCUCAGAGGUGUUUGAACUUUCUCGAGAUCCUGACCAUUUGUCCAAGGGGGCCCGUCCCUCUGCCGGACAGCCCCACCGAAUCGAGGAGGCGUUCGAGGAGCGAGUUACGCUGUUGGCCGAGCGAUUCCCCGACGGAGAAAAAUUCGAGGACCGCGACAACCAUCCUGGAGGAGUCGAGGAGGAGAGCCAGGAGCGAGUUGAGGGGCUGGUCCAGCAGCAAUUCGAGCGACGAGGACCUUCUGGGGGAUUUUCGAAGUAUACCAGCGAUAAUAAGCAAGGAGCAGCCCAUGAGCAGAACGUGGGGUUGCAGCGAGAGCAGCGAGGGAAGCGACGACAGCCUUCCUUGGAGCGGGGUGUGCCGUUCGAGCGUGGACCCCGCCGUCUCCCUUCCCGAGCCCGAGACCAGAGAGCAGAGGAUCCAAAGGUACAAAGAGGCGAGGAGGCGAGAGAACGAGGCCAGAAGCAGAAGGGUGCUCGAGGAGGACGCGAGGAGACGGAAGGCUCGAGCCGAGGAGAACAACAACGACAUCCUGAAGACGUACGGGUGUUCGAGCAGAUCGAGGAACAGGUUGUACAAUUCGGGGAACGACAACGACAAUUAUUGCUUCGCGUCCUCGAGGAAGGAGAACGAGGAGCACGGCAGAUUGAAAAACGAGAGGAAUUGCCACGGAGGUAGAUUACCACCCGUGAAACCGAACGAGUCUCCAUUGGUCAGGUUCGAAGAGGAUCAUCGGACCGAGGAUGACAAAAGGAACAACAACACCACCGCCAGGAACGGGAGCACGAGUCCUGGGAUACUGAGAGCGGACACGAGCGAGAGGAGAAGCCGUGCCAGAGAGAGGAGGAGCGUGAGGGAGAAGAGCGGCCAGUUGACGCAAACGCAGCAAUUUACCAACACCGCGGUGUUGGAAACGCUUCAGGAGCGGAAGGAACGGCUGGCCCAAUUGUCCUCCAGAAUCCCGGUGCCCCGCCAACUGCUACACGUCUCCAAAUCGAUGGAGAGUUGGAAUUCGAAUUCGAACGGCGUGGCCAGAACACCGUCGACCUCACUUUCGAUCCUCACCGAGCCACCUUGCGAGGAGGACGUGGCCAGACUUUUGGAACGGUGCCAAAGGGUGGACCAUUACGUGCCUGUGCGGGAGAAACUGACGUUGUUCGAAUCGUUGUCGAGGCUGGGCGGCCGGUUGGCCAGGAGUACCGAGGAUCUCGGCCGAACGUCUUCGAAGCCGAGCCCAAGGGGGAAGCAACGUGCCAGGUCUCUUCACGAUCUGAACAGAGGAGCCAGGGCCGUUCCCGUCAGGGAGAUGUGCCGAUUCUUCGAGGGGGACGUGGAGCAGGAUACGAGUCAGAAAUCCUCCCUGGCGAAAACGAGGUUUAGCGACCCAGUGACACCGACCAGGACCGCGUGGAAGGAUCCCACGGCGAAUUCGAGGGGCAACAACGAGGCCGCGCCUUGCGUCAGGUCGUCGACGAGAAAGAAACAUUAUUUGAAAUAAUCGCCGCGAAUCCCUUUCGCGAAUCCUUUCGACACUCCUUUUCGCAAGCCUUCUCGAUCUAGACUCUCUAUACAAAUUUUAUAUAUAAUGAUACGAUAAGUUCGAAAGCGGGUCUUUCCCAACGGCGUGCUCCGACCGCGAAAAGAAAAACGCGUCGGAAUUGCAUCCUCGAUUUCUGAAGAUUCUUUUUCUCGAUAUAUGAUAACGUAAGAUCGAGUGGUCGAGUUUUAGAAAGGAUCGAUAUCGAUCGAUUUAGACCCGAAUUCCGCUCGUCGCGAUGGAUCGUCACACUCGCGUCGAGAGAAAGUCGCUGCCUGGAGCGGUAUUUUUUUUUUUCUUUUUUUUUGCUCUCCAGGAUUGUGCUCGAUUCGAAGCCUCGAAUCGAGGGAGUGUGCAUCCCUCGUGACACGAUGCGCGCGCGAACGAGCAGGAAGAGAUUCGACGUUUUUACAUCGAUCUGUUUCGUCGAUUUUUCCUUAUUUAUUGUAUUUUCGUUUCGUUCUUUUUUUUUUUUGUACGAGAUUCCUCGUCGAGUCCACGAGCGUGUUCGUACGAACGUGAUUCGACGUCACGAAAUAAAGAGUGCGUCGAAUCGAGAAACGAAGAGGAAGAGAGAGGAAGAGAGAGAAAAGAGAGGGAAUAGGAGAAACCGGUAAUUUCCAUUCACCGAACGACUGUCACACACCGAACACCUGUCGAAUGCAACCCGAAGGCGAUCUUCGAUUUCUCGAUUAUAUACCCCGACCGACUCGUGGAAUCGUCAAUAACCGAGGGAACGAGGAAAAAAAGAAAAAAGAAAAAAAAAAGGAAAAAAAAAAAGUAAGAGACCGAACAAUCCACGUGAAUCGAUUCUGAGGAGCUAGACACGCAUCGAAUGAAAUAAAACGUUAAGUCGUAAGCGUUAUUCUGCUAUAAAAGUUGCAAUCGUAUUAUCUGUUAUAUAAAUAGUUGUUAACGAAGACGAUAGAAGUUUUCUAAAUGCCUGCAGGCAAUUAGAGAUUCGUUUUGUACAUAAAUUAUUAUCCUUCUUCUUCUUUUUUUUUUUUUUUCACGCGUACCUGAAUACGAGAAACAAGGCGGAGGGGGGGAAAAAAGUGGCGUUUAAUUCGCUCGCGUUGUGAAUAAUUUAUCUCGUAGUUAAAAAUGCCGGGAGAACGGUAGCCGAACACUAUCGGUCGGAUCUCGAACAUCCGUUUCAACGAGCGGCGCAUCAACUACUAAUGUCGACUUCCGCUUUGCUCUUCCAAUCGGGACGAACAUCUCCAUCCCUGUUUCUCCCCUGUUUCUCUCUUUCUCUUCGAGUUCAAUUAGAACGUGCGAACCCCAAACAAUCGUGAUUUCUUUUUUUUUUUUUUUUUUCUUUAUCCGAAUAAUCGCGUUAAAGGCCAGAUGGAAAAAAAAGAAAAGGAAAAAAAAAUAAGAAGAAGGACAAUUUUUAACGACACGAUGACAAUGCGAAUAUUUUUCGAAAAGCGGAAGAGGCGGCUGCUCGUGUCACGAUUUAUCGAUUAUUAUUAUUAUUAUUAUUAUUAUUAUUAUUAUUUUUAUUAUAUUAUUUUUAUUAUUAUUAUUAUUAUUAUUAUUAUUAUUAUUAUUAUUAUUAUUAUUAUUAUUAUUAUUAUUAUUAUUAUUAUUAUUAUUAUUAUUAUUAUUCGGCGAAUGAAUCAUUUAUUGUUACGAGGGGAUUAAUUAGGAGCGCUGAAUAACCAAGUGCCAAACGAAAUGAAAAAAGUAAAAAAAAGAAAAAAGAAAAAAGAAAAAAAACAGAUAUAUCACGUUGCUUUUCUCGAGAAACGCGUGAAAAUGCAUAGAAUACGCACAGUGGUUGAAAUUUGUAUAUACUUGUUCGUAUAGGAUUAAGAGAGAUUGAUUAUAAUUUUUCUGUUCCGUGUUUCGUGUCUUUCGGUUAUUUGAGAUCGCGGGAAAGUUACGUAAGAAUUACCUUUCCUGCGAUCUACGAAACGAUUAUUUAUUUACAUGUGUAUAAAAAAAGAUAAAAAAAAAUAUAUAUGAUUAUUAAGAUUACGUUACGUUAGUAAGUUGGUUCUGUGAGAAUCGUUCGACUGAUCUUGAAAAAGUGUCUCGGCGACAAUUUUUACACGGUAUCGUGAAUCGUAUGUGUUUAGACACAAAAUAGCACUUUUCGUAGAGAUCGACUUCCCUUUAUUUUCGUAUCUUCGCAAGAGCUGAAGCGAGGAAACCGUGUACGACAAAUGUGUGACAAUGUACGGAUCAGUGUGCUUCUGCGUAAAAGAAAUCUGUAAGCCGAUGAAAGUAUAUUGGAAAUACGUGUGUACGCCGAUUCGACAACGGGAAAAAAAAAAAAAGAAAUAAUAAUUUAAACACCGAUGGCGAGGAUGAUCGAGCCUUGUGGCGAAAGAAAAAAAUUUCCAAAAUUUCUAGCCAUUCAACUAGCAAAUUUCAUCGAACAAAUUUUUCUCCUCUCUCUUUUGACCAACAAUUUUUCCAAUCUCUUUCUCCCAAACAAUUCCGCAGUAAAGAAUGUUCUUUCCAAAAAAAAAGAAAAAGAGGGAAAAAUGCACAAAAAUAAGAAAUAUAUACGCACGAUGAAUUACGAGAGAUUAUACGUCUAUCCCUACAGGAGACCCCCAGCUAACAAAACAACUUUGCAGCAAAGCUCGAUCCUCUUCUGCCGACGAAGCGAGCCGACGACCGUGUUAAGGGUGAACGGUAGCAACCCCUUGCUGCCCGGAUGUCUUAUCUCCGCGCUCUUUCAUUGGCUCAAUAAAGAAAGGCCCGCGGUUAUUAUGCGCAUUCGAGAGGAAACACGUGCAGGCCUGUAAACCGUCUGUAAAAAUGUAGCAAUUCGAAUCCGGAUAGGGUGAACGUGAGAAGUCAUCCGGAGUGGCACAAGGGGUUGUUGGCGGAAAAAAUGGAAAAAUCUCCCGGGGCCGGACGUUGUUCCGCGAAAACACGCAGCCUGUAAAACCGGUCGAUCGCCAAAGAGUCCUCUAGUCCCUGGUCGGAUAUAAAUCCGAAUAGGCUGUACGUGUGUCCCCUCCCCCCACUCCAUCCCACCCCUCCGUACCGGGGCUGCGUAUAACAGAACCCUCCUCCCCGAAAGAGAUCAUCGAUCCCUGCAAUACCAUGGUGAAUCCUAUCGUCAAGUAUUCGUGUCCUAAAUAAUAAUAUCGCUAAUAACAAUAUAUAUAUAUAUUAAAUAGAGAGAGAGAGAGAGAGAGAGAGAGAGAGAGAGAGAGAGAGAGAGAGAGAGAGAGAGAGAACUUACUCGGCAGAUUUGUAUGUUACGUUUGUUGUAAUAAAAAUGGACGAAUAAUGGCCGUUACAUAAAA